AUGGUAUUUUUCUGCUUUCUGCUCUUUGCCAUGCUGACAGCUGUGGCUGCCAUUCCUCAAGAUCUGUCUGGUAAAAUGUUCAUUUUUCCACAACCAACCAACACGGCUCAAGUGAUGUUGACCACAUCAAUACAGAAUUUUAGUGCAUUCACAGUCUGUUUCAGGUCCUUUACAGAUCUCCGUCGAGUACACUCCUUUUUCUCUUUGGCCACACCUUCAGUUUUCAAUGAAAUCCGUAUUCUCAAAAGCCUUGCAGCAGAUGUGAUGGAUUUCUAUAUUAGGGGUAAUAAUGUGGAGGUUGCAGGUCAGGGCUACAAACUAAACACAUGGCAAUCUAUCUGUACCACAUGGGACUCAGCCUCUGGACUGGUGCAACUGUGGUUAGAUGGAAAGCCCUCGAGCCGGAAAUUCAUCAGUUCUGGCUCAAACAUCAGUGGACCCAUUGUAAUUGUUUUAGGACAGGAUCAGGAUUCUUUCGGUGGGGGAUUUGACGCUGCUCAGUCCUUUGUUGGUAUGAUGUCUGAUGUUUACAUGUGGGACUACGUUCUCUCGCCCUGUGAGAUCCAGCGUUAUAUGGAUGAACGAAACUUCCCCACAGGAAAUGUUCUCAACUGGGGGGCACUGGAGUUUGUGACAAUGGGGAGAGUCUUGAUAGAAAAUAAACAGUCUCUAUACUGUAAAUAA